AUGGGUGAUGUUGAGAAAAGCAAGAAGAUUUUUGUUCAGAAGUGUGCCCAGUGCCACACCGUGGAAAAGGGAGGCAAGCAUAAGACAGGGCCUAAUCUCUUCGGGUGGAAGACAGGUCAGGCCAUUGGAUUCUCUUACACAGACACCAGUAAGAACAAAGGCAUCACCUGGGGAGAGGAUACACUGAUGGAGUAUUUGGAGAAUCCCAAGAAGUACAUCCCUGGAACAAAAAUGAUCUUUGCCGGCAUUAAAAAGGAGGCAGAAAGGGCAGACUUGCUAGCUUAUCUCAAAAAAGCUACUAAUGAGUAA